AUUAAGGAAUUUAGUCGUAUGAGGCAAAUUUCGAAAUAUAAUACUUUUGAAAAAGCUCGACUUAAAGGUGGUUUGCUGCUUGGUGAAAUUCUGCAUCGAUUUCAGAACGUUUCAGCUGGGAUCAAAGUAGAAGCGCAUAAAAUGUUUCUCUAUUCUGCGCAUGAUGCGACGAUAUCAUCACUGCAGCAUGCAUUGAAUGUAAGCAACAGUUUAUUGGUACCAUAUUCGGCAUGCCUAAUUAUGGAACUGUACCAAACAAAAAUGAACGAAACAAUUAUAAAAAUUCUAUACAAAAACGAAACAGAAAAUGAAGAUAUUCAUGAACUAUUUGUACCAGGUUGUUCGGUACCAUGCAAAUUAGAUCAACUAGUCACAUUAAGUUCUCCCACUAUCCUGAAUACGAUCGAUGAUCUUAAUAAGGCUUGCGGGGAAAAAGAAAUUGCAACAAAUGAUUGUGUUACUGUUUACGCCGAUAGCGAAACCUCCAAUAAUAAUGCAAAUCGACGUAAUGUGACGAUAAUGUUUUCGAUUUCUAUUGCUCUUUUGUUAUUGUAUUUGUUAUCAAGAAGUUGUUGUCGAUAA